UUAAUAAAUAAUGUUUGUGAGUAGCUGUCCAAGGAGAGGGAUUCAUAGGGCGCGACAUGAGGUUCUCGAACACGGCGGGGCCCAUCAACCAACAAGCCGUGGCGCUGCUCUCGACCGCCGACCGAUCGGUAUUCUACCGGUGCCGCAUGGACGGCUACCAAGACACCGUCUACGCCCAAUCCAACCGCCAGUUCUACCGCGAGUGCCACAUCUACGGCACCGUCGACUUCAUCUUCGGGGGCGCCGCCGCCGUCAUACAGAAGAGCUUCAUCUUCCCCAGGAAGCCCCUCCACGGCCAGGAUAACGUCAUCACGGCGCACUACAAGAAGGACCCCAAGUGCGACACGGCCAUCGUCGUGCACUCCUCCACCAUCCAAGCGUCGGGCGACCUCACCGGCGUCCCCACCUUCCUGGGCCGCCCCUGGACGCCCUACGCUACCUCCGUCUUCAUGCACAACAUUAUCGACAAAGUGGUGGAUCCCAGAGGCUGGAGGCCCUGGGAUACGUCACGGGGCGCUCCGCCGCCGCCAGACACGAUUUUCUUCGCGGAAUACGACAACAGAGGCGCCGGCGCCAGCACGGCGAAUCGGGUGAAGUGGAAAGGUGUGAGAACUAACCUCAGUCCUGCGGAGGCCGGCAGGUUUACCGUGCGCUCCUUGAUUCAAGGAGACCAGUGGCUUCCGGAGACACAAGUCAGCUACGACCCGGACCUUUGAUUUGCAAUUUUUUAGUUAAAUUAUAGGGGUUUUGUCCACUAAUUAUG